AUGGCUUCACAGAAGGACCUUCAAGAAUUACUGAGGGUCAUCACCUCCCGAAAGGGUGUCUCGAUGAUGGCUGCAAUGGGUCAGGUCAAAGCACUCCAGGCUGUGGAGCUUCGGAGUACCCAGCAGAUAAGCGACGCCUCGCUCGAUUUGAUAGAGCGCGGCCUGGGGGACGCAAAGACAGCCAAGGCCCUACAAACAGCAUGCAAGACUCACUUGAAACGAGCAAGUACCAAAAGAUCCGGGAAUCAUCUUGCUUCUACAAGUGAGAAGCGUCCCAAGAAUUAUCACCAUAGCGACGAAUUCGAAGGCCCGGCCCAACGUGCAGAGGAGGAUAUAGAGGCUUCCCUUAGUCUUCCCAUCGUUGUGAACGAAGAAGAAAUUGCCGGGGUUUCUAUAUACACCAAUCGAGCACCAUUAAUGUUGGCCUUCGUGCUGGAACUUCUCAGAUACACAAUGCCAGUGCAGCCUCUCUCGAGUCGUCUCAGCCUAGCCCAGGCUGUUGUCAGCGCCAAUUCGAAGUCAAAGGCUAUCAGCAUCGGACUGGCCAAGGCCACCAACGAAGAGAAUUCAUGGGGCGAAGGGCAGCCAAAGGUCAAUAUUAUGGGAAGGGCUAUAGCUGUCCUCAAGAGAGGUGACUACAGCUUACAAGGUAGUGAGUUGGCAGCUCCGGAAGCAGAAAACGCACCAGAUGAUAUUCUACAGGCGCUGAAGCCGCCAACAUCGUCAAGGCAAUUCCACGGGGGCGUUGCAUCCACAGCAUCCCCGUGGUCUGUGAGCCGCCAGGUCACUUUCAAGUCGUCCACUUUCGUUGCGCGGGUCGCAAAUAUAAGUAACAGCACCGAGGCGUCAGGUCUCGUUCGCUCGCUCUUGCUGUCUGAGCCACAAUUACAGACAGCCACGCAUAACGUCUGGGCCUACCGAGUUAGAAGGCAGGGGCAAGGCGAGCAGGGCGGGCAAGACAAGGGACUGGGAGAGGUAUGGGAGGCGAGUGAGGAUGAUGGUGAAACUGGCUGCGGCGAAUUCAUCCAACGAUUGAUCAGAGAGGCCGGCAUUACCGAUGUCGUCGUAGUGCUGAACAGAUGGUUCGGGGGGGAGAUGCUAGGUCCAGAUCGCUGGAGACUGGUGCGCAACGUCGUCACAGAGGCGCUUUCCCAGAGGCUACGACUGCCACUGAACCACAAGGGAUGUGACGAUGUAGCUCUCUGGGCACUUGAUCUGCAGAAUGCGAACGGUGGUUCCGGGCUCCGCAGUGCCAAUGAACCAAGCCUUAAUGUUGUCGGAGUUUCUAUAUAUCGUCCGGAAUCAGCCCGGGCGUACCUGCUCAGAAGUUUCGGAGGUAUUCCUGCAGUCGAUCAUUCCGGCGGGAGCGCUUCGAAAGCCAAGCAAAAGAGGGUCAGCAAGUCCGAGGAUGAAGCCGAGAGAAUGCGAAAUCUAGGAUGCCUCCUCGGCGCUCUCAGACUGUUAUUCGGUAGCUGGAGCAACCUGGGGCCUCACGAGAUGAACCGCAAGGCAUUUACCUGGUAUGCCUCCGUAAGACCAGAUGUGCAGCCAGGAGUCGCAGGAUGGGGCGCCAAAGGUGGUCUGAAGCUAGAUUCAAUUCUCCAGCUACGUCGAGACCAUACCGAUAGUACGAAAAAAUAA